AUGGCGGCCGAUGAAGAUGCGACUGCAGGCGCCCACGCUUUCAAGAUCACCCGGCCGGAGGCGAUGGAGACCAUGAAGAUGCUGGAGGACCCCCUCUACGCGCGGGAAGUGGUGGCCUACACCAAUGCUGUGCGCGCUGCCUCCACCUUCCUGGCGGACGAGGAGAUCCAGCACUCCUUCUGCUUCGCCAUGUCCUUCAGCGCCACACGCUAUCCGAACAUCGUGCUGAAGGCCGGUGCCCUUCCUCGCAUCCUCGACGCGAUGAAGAAGUACCCCACCAACAUCAGGCUCCAAGCCGAAGCGUGCGAAGCCCUGCGCAACAUCGCCGAGAUGCCUGACGGCGCCGACACUCUUCUGGGUACCACGGCGCUGGAAGACGUCCUGAAUUCCAUGAAGAUGAACGCUCAAGCCGAAUGGGUGGUCCAGGAGGGGUGUGGGCUGGUCUGCCGUAUGAUUACGGAGUCGGACGACGCCCGCGACCGGCUGCUGAAGAAGGAUGGCCUGAGGAUCAUCAUGGACUGCAUGGAGACGUUCCCUCGCGCCAGCUGGGUGGCUCUUUGGGGGGUGCAGGCCUUGAGGAGGUUCGCGGAGCUCGACGCGCAGCGCCUGCAAGACGCUGGGGCCUUCGAACUCGUCCAGCGCGCGAGGAACUCGAAGCUCUUCGCCAAAGGGUGUCCAGCUGUGAGGCAGGCCACGGCAGAUUGCCUGAAGCUGCAGCCGCCCAGCGCGCAACCCAAGAGAUCUCACCGAGACAAUGAUGGCUGA